ACAUGCACAUGCAUAAAAUGCAGACUGACAGUGGAGUUACUGACCAGAAAUCACGUCAGUAUCAAGUCACACUUCUGCAAUGCAAGUAGUUGAUGCUGGAUCAUGCGUGGGCUCGGUGAAGUUGGUGGACAUUUUGGGGGGGAUCACAUUGUCGGACACGUUGAUCAAGAACUGUCUGAAACAAAUGGCAUAUCAGUGGACAUUUACAAUUCUACAAUUCAACAAAUACGACACUUUUAUAAGUGACGUACAUCUGAGAGCAGAUGUAACACAAGCAAGAAUCUAGUCAGGAGAAAACAACCUGGAUUAGUGCCAUAAAACAAGUUCAAGAGUCAUAGUAAUUUAGAUGUCGGGCCGCAGCUGAAACUGACUUCAAGCAACACCUUUUUCUCAUGGCUCUCUUGUCAACUGUGGCAUCGUGCCAUUUGAAUAAGGCUGCAUUUGAAGGUGGACACUGGUCAAAGGAGUGUCUGUGUCACUAUCUGAUCAUUGUAAGUCACAGGUGACUUGGCUAUGGAUUAAAAUAUGUCACUAGAUGAACACCUCCAAAAUGUUUUUGUGCACCACUGGCUAAAUUCAGCUACUUUCUAAACAGAACAACAUAAAUUAGAUUUUCAACCUUGUCUCUAAGUUAGAAAAGGAAACCAUUUGCAUAGUGCAAUUCAGUGUUUCUUUUUAAGUUGAUAUUUUUGCACUCUGACUGAAACAGAAAUCCUGACGAGAAUUCUCACUACUGGAGACAGUCUGUGACUCUAAUCAAUAAUAGACAAAAUGCACUUCUUAGCAAUAUUCUGCUUCCCUUUUAUCGUGAAUUUUACGGUUACAAAAUGUGUUUUUCUCACAGAAAUCGAAAAAACGCCUUUGUCUCGCCGUUUAUAAAUGAUCAAAACACAUCUUUUUCCGUUUGAUCAGUAAAGCUGAUCACAAACUGACAAAGAGACACUUGUUGUGAGUUAUUGUCGGAUUUGUGGCGUUUUAUCUCUCUCUCUGUGUGUGUGUGUGUGUGUGUGUGUGUGUGUGUGUACGUGUGUGUGUGCGUGCGUGUGUGUGGAUGUGUGUGUUUGUGAGGACAAUGCUGCGGUUCUUCGCUGAACGCGCGUCAACGGAAUCCCGGAUUGCGUCAUCCGGCGACUAUUCUCUCGAAGGCGCACCGUGAUUGGCCGCAGACUGGAAAUCUCCCCGCCCACCUCGAAGCCUUGUAUGGAAACCUUUCUGUGGCGUCAUGGGUACAAUGAAGCUGAUCGCAUAAAGGUGCUGCGCAGAGUAGAAGGACCGAUCCAGAGCUGGGAGACACUGAACAUGACGGAUGGUCGCUUGUGGAGUACGCACAGUUCCAAACUCUUGUAGACGGGCCAAACAGUCUUUUGCAGACAUGACUUGCAUCCACCCCCAGCAUGGAUCUCAGCCCUACGAGAACAGCCUCGGCAGCUCGGAGCUUCAGAGCACAGACUUUAUCUCCCGGCUGGCCGUGGAUAUGAGCAGCCCAAGGGACCACCUCUCCGCUCCAUCCCUGCCGAGCAUCAGCUCCCUGGUGGGCACUCAGGCGGGAGACUUUGAUGCAUAUUCAUGCCAGUUUACCACAGCUCCUGCCCACGUCGCUCCCUCGUCAGGCCAGGAGACCCCUUUCAAGCUGGAUGAACUCCAAGUAUAUGGCUGCUACCCUGGACCUUUCAUGCUGAGUCACCCGGAUGAGGCUGUGUCCCCCAGUGGGUCUGAUUAUUUUGGCAGCCCUGCUUCGGCCUCGUCUCCUUCCACCCCCGGGUUCCAGAGUCAGCAUGCAUCCACCUGGGAUUCAGCCUUUGGGCCUUACUCGCCCAGUCCUGGAUACUGGGUGGCUGAGGAGGCCUCGGCAACACCGUCCUUCUUCACGUUCGGUUCAGGGUCCUUGGAGGACAUGUCUCAUUUGGGUCAACCCCAAGAGCUGGACCCUUUCACUUUGGCCCAUCCUCACCCAUCUGUGUUGACCUUCCCCGGCUUGGUGGUGGAGCAGCAAUGCAGCCUGGAUGGCACUGACCAGCUGGAUGGAAGCUUAUCACCCAAGUUAAAAAGUCCAAGUGGAAAUGAGGGCUGCUGCGCUGUGUGUGGGGACAACGCCUCCUGUCAGCACUACGGGGUCCGGACCUGUGAAGGAUGCAAAGGGUUUUUCAAGAGAACAGUACAAAAAAAUUCCAAGUAUGUUUGCCUUGCCAACAAGGACUGCCCUGUGGACAAGAGGAGGCGGAAUCGAUGCCAGUUCUGCCGUUUCCAGAAGUGUCUGGCUGUGGGCAUGGUCAGGGAAGUUGUGAGAACCGAUAGUCUGAAAGGUCGAAGAGGUCGUCUUCCUUCCAAGCCUAAAGUCGUUCAGGAUGUGACGGCCACCGUGUCCCCAGUGAGCAUGAUCGCUUCUCUUGUGAGGGCCCACAUCGACUCAAACCCCAGCCUCGGCACGCUGGAUUACUCCAAGUACGUAGAGAGGGACGUCAGCGUGAACCACAAGGAGGACGCCAGUGACAUCAAACAGUUCUACGACUUACUGACUGCCUCCAUGGAGGUUAUCAAGAAGUGGGCAAACAGCAUCCCAGGUUUCUCCGAGUUCUGCUCUGAGGAUCAGGAACUGCUGCUGGAAUCUGCGUUUGUUGAACUUUUCAUUCUGCGUCUUGCAUACCGGUCCAAUCCCAAAACAGACAAGCUCAUCUUCUGCAACGGGGCAGUACUUCAUAAAGUACAGUGUGUACGUAGCUUUGGGGAAUGGAUUGACUCCAUCUUGGAGUUUUCUCAAAGUCUCCACCGCAUGAAGCUGGAUGUUUCGUCCUUCUCCUGCCUCACGGCCCUCGUCAUAAUCACCGACCGACAUGGUCUUAAGGAGCCAAGACGUGUUGAGGACUUGCAGAACCAGCUCAUCACCUGCCUUAAAGAUCACGUCUCUGGCUGCGGCUCUGACUCCUCGCGGCCAAAUUAUCUGUCCAGACUUCUCGGGAAGCUGCCAGAACUUAGGACUCUGUACACUCAAGGCCUCCAGCGCAUCUUUUACCUUAAACUGGAAGACCUCGUUCCUCCUCCACCGAUUGUGGAAAAAAUCUUCAAGGAUAUGCUUCCAUUUUGAGUGGGAGAUGGGAUUGACAAUCUCUGAUAUAAAACCUGGAGUUCAUUUGAGAGCCAGACUGAGCACUUAAACUUCAGCUAACAAAGUGAAACUGCAAGAAGCUAAGCAGAAUGAUAAACUUUAGGGAUUACGCAACAUCAGAAGAAAAAUGAUGCUUCUGAAUUGUAAAGUGAACAAGUCAUAAAACUUGUGGAAGCAGCAUUUAUGUGGAGCCAUCACAUAUUAUUCCUCCUAGUUUGUUUUUCCAGGAAAUUGUGGGCUCUCUGGAUGGAAUUAGAAAGGCCGUCUCAUGGACCAAAAGGUGGCUGUUUACAUACAAGGUGCCAUGAAUGGAAACAUUUCUGAUGGAGAGAGCUUGACUGAACUUUCCAAACGACUACAAAGUCAAUGCAAAUAACAUUUGCACCAUCAUUUCAAUGAUAAAAGCAUUAUUGUUAUAUCUUUAGCUGAAGUAUUAAAAAUAGUCAUAUUUCUGUUUCAGUUUCUUCUGGUGCUAUAGUGUGUUUAAACAAUCAGUUUAAUUAAUAGAACCACUUUGUAUUUCAAACAGACGUUCGAGUCAGUCUACGCACAUCAACAUCCGAGGUGAAAGUCACUCAAAGCUCCUGUGUGCUUUAUAUUUAUCCCGCCAUAUAUUUUUGGUGAUGGUAGAGUAGGUUAAACCUACAGGAUUAAUCAGUAGUAUCAUUCAUGUAUCAUGAAUUGACAUUGAGCAGCUAAUAUACUGUGUAUCGUCCUGUACAGUCUUACACACUGGUUUCGUUUGUAAAUGAUUUUAAACCUGCCGGUGUUGUUACCACAUGAGCUAUAUUCUAUAGUCUUGGGCGAUUUUGUUUUGGGCCUUUAAUUUUUACAUACUAAGAUGUUAUAUUUUACUGCAGCUAAACAUGAAAUAAAAUGUACACUUGCAUAUUUGAAAUGCUUUUGUCCUCUUUACCCAUAAUAUUCAGAAAUGUAUAUUAAGUAGCGGGGUCGUUCAGGUUGUUAAAAAAAAUUAUCCCCCACAUGAGCAAGGACACCAAUUCUUUUCAUAAACACUGACUUAACAUUUGUCAUGUAAUAUCAAGGAUGUUAGUCCACUGUUUAUUCUUCCAUUGUGUGUCCGUGCUGAGCGUGCUGCUGCGCCAGCAGCCUGUAAGCUUAAGUCAAGUGCAGCUUCUUCUUUUGGC